GCUUUCAGGUUCAAGCGUUCAAUACCCAUAAUCUACGAUAUCUACACACUUGACCACUUUAUCGAGCUCGUUGAAAAGAUUGAGCGCCACACGAGUACCAGUAGCGAUACUUUGAAGCAGAUCGUAAACUACGUCCGUCAGCUUGGCUACAACAAUGAUUUGUUCAACAUCCUAUGUGGGCGAGCAAACCCUCUCCCCGAUGGUGUGCUAAAUUCAGAAGAGAAACGCGUCCUGACUAAAAUGGUCACCUAUAACUUCGAUAAAAGCUCUAAUAGUGAGGGGGGCGUGGUAUUGACACCUGACGGGGAAACCGUAGCGAUGGGUCACGUGGUCACAGGCAUUUGUGCUGGUUUGGUUCGAGAUCAGAGCAUGUCCCUUAACAAGUGGACCGCUGGAGCUCCGUUACUUGUCGACAACCUGUACGCUGCAACCAUUGCUUACGAUCUUGCUGUAAGCGCAUUAGUCAGUUCGAAUUCUGAUUCUUCCAAUCUGCUUGGGCCGUCUGGAGUCUGGUCUCCUAACAUGAAAUGUCCAGAGGACUACCAGUUAAACCAAGGCCGGAUUUCUAAGGCAACUGACGCACAAAUAUUAGGUGAUAUUGAUGGUUUUCUCUUGGGAUAUGGUAUACCUGCUUGGAAGAGCAAAGGCGUUCGUCUGGGUCAGUUAUUAAGGAUGUAUUAUGGGUCAGGUACGUUUUAAAUGCUAAUUGGCAAUACUGUUUUGAUUCUAGUGUUGAAUAAAUGUGAUUACUAUUCAUAUCAUUGUUAUUACUAGUAUUUUUUUAAUACCGGGAAAUACGACCAUGUGCUUCCACUUUGAAGAUUAAACUGGUUUUGUCGGUUUCUAGCCAUAUGACGGUCAUUAACCUUCUGUUGACAUUGCAAAUAAUUUAACGUGCUUUUACCAAAACGUAAUUACAGAAGAGUUAGAAAACAUGCUUCGGCAGUUGUAAUCCUAAAUCAAAUUUAAGACGUAAUUUUUAGAUUGCGAGGGCUUUGAAAAUUUCUGACUUUAAAUUUAGCUGCUCGAGCCAUGAAUCAACUAUUUAACUGUUGCAACGUGGAAAGCAGUGGUAAAAAAAAAAAGGAAAAAGAAACAUAAUUAUUGGUAGGGCUUCCACGAAUGGCUUUCUACGGUCUUCUACGUAUUAAUUAAGCUAAUAAUUAAAGAUCUGCAAUUUGCCUUUUUAUAUUACAACAUAGGAAUUCUGUAUGAUACGUCAUACGCCAAAUGCCGAAGAAAAGCUAAAUUUAAAGAAUUAGUUGACAUUGAAGACCAGGUACUUCUUGGGCAGAUUGAAGGAUUCGCGAACGCGUACUACAAGAAAUAUACCUCGGAACUCACAAACAUCAAGGAAAACAACAUUUCGAACAUUGCCAGGAAUGUAAAUGACAAGUUUUACUUGUAUUUUGGUAAGAAAUUUUAUCCUAGCCUGCGAAUACAGCCGUCUCUCCUUGCUCCUCACCGCAAGAGACGUUUUGGGCGAAACGUCGCAUAGGGUGAGGAGAGACGGCUGUAUUCUUAGGCGAUAAUUUUUCAUUUAUUUGUUGGUUUUUAAUCUGCUAAAUUGGUCUGACUCAACACUAACUUUUUUCUAUGUGACCUAGUAGACUAAUAGCUCUCCCUUCUUUUUUACUUGCCAAGAUCCUUACGAAAGGGAGAACGACCGAGGAGUCCUCUAGUCGCUUACGCUUGUCUUUGGAAAUUGAAGCUAAAAUUAGACGCUCAAGAUUGGUGUAUUUUUUGGAGCGGGGAGCAGUCAAUAAUUUUCUCCUUUUUAUAAAAAUCUAUCUAGAAGAUUCCUUUCCAUCCAUUUGUGUUUGCCGUAUUUAUACAUUGUUCACAGAACAUGUUGAGAAGAUGAAAUAAUUACUAUAAUGUUUAGCCAAUUUUCUUCGGCGAUAAAUUUUCGACGAAGUAUUUCCAAAUUUUAGGCGUAAAAACUGUGGCUUUUCCGCGAUCAUUACGUUGUUUUGUUAUUUUAAAUGCUAUCAGGGUCAUUAUACUGCUUGACUCUUUCCAUUUUAUUUAUUUAUUUUUUCAGAUAGACAAAUAGGGAAUACAAAUUGUACUGACGAAGAUCAGGAUGGUAAGAGAGAAAAAAAGAAAACACGUUUUUCGAAAUUUGCUAUGUGCGCAUUGCGUCAAAUACACCAUGUUUGAACCCAGAAAUUUCCAUAAGCAUUGUUUUUUAUUUUUCUUGGGAAGAAUGUCAUACUUAAAAGAAAUUGAAAACAAUUGUUAUGCAAAAUCUUGGGGGUGCAAACAAGACCUAUUAUGGGCAAUACCAAAUUGGCGAAUUGGUUGACAUUGAUUUUCGUGGGUGCUUUUUCUUCCUCGGUGGUUUAAAGUUUCAGUUGCUUUUAAACCACUGAGGAAAAGGCAGCACCCUUGAAACGUCUGGUAAUUUUUCCUUGCUUUUCAACGCAUAUUUUGGUAAACGUUGCCAUUCAUUACAUUUCGUAAACAAUUUGGAUGUGAUACUCCGGCUUAAUAGGGCAGCCGGUGAGAUUGACUGGUGUUUCGACAACCCGUACAACUGUGAUCGUUGUCUAAGUGAACAUUUUAUUGUCAGUUGUCGGUAAAUGUCGACCUAAUUUGUUUGUUAAAGCACUGUGCAGUUAUGCUUCAAGCGUGUGGUAGUUCAGGUUUAAUGCUAUUACUGUUAAGUCCUUAAUUAUGCUGACUGGGCUAAAGUCAGUGUUUGUGGUAUACAAAGUUUGUACAACCCUUACAUGACCCGUGAAUUUGAACCAUUCCCUACGUUAAUGUUGCACGUAUUGCAUUGUAACGUUAGAUGUUAUUGGUUUAAGAUUGCGAAAUUCCAGCGAACAUAGUAUUUCUUAUGGAUGAGUCGGGAAGCAUUAAAGUUGGCAACUACCAGAAGGAAAAGAAGUUUGUGAGGUUGGUAAAAAAGUACCCACAUUAUGUGAUUCUGUGAUUAUGAUCUUUGACGUCCCAAGUGACUCAAUUCGUUUAUCUGUGAAGCUUCUUUAUAAUCGCCUUCUCCAGUUUUAAGCUAGAAUAUUGUACAAUUCCUAUUUCUUUCUUCGAUUCCAGCGGGUUGUAAUAUUUCCUCAAAGCUCCCCUUGCGGAAACUGCUUGGGUUAGGCUUUCUAAGAGUUUGGUCACAUUCAUGUUUAUGUUUACGUGGUCAAAAAAUCGGUCACACACGACAGCCAUUUGCCCAUGGGUAAAACGGUUGGUGUAACCGCACCUAAUGUCAUAUAAAUGUUAGUUUAGUUAAUUUUUCUCAGUGGUCAGCUGAGGUAUGCGCUCUGUCUCAGAUUUGUUUUGUUCGGAAUUUACUAGUAUAAUGUAUCUUGUCCUUUGUCUGAAGGGCAUCAUUAUCGGAGGAAAAAAGACACGAUUAAACGGAACUAAAAAUUUUCUUAAUCUAGAAAAAAGUUUGGACAUAACAUAUACAUUGAUCAGCCACCUUUAAGUUGUAAAAUAUUUGUCUUGUGUUUUGUUUUGUUUGUUUGUGUGUUUCAAUUUCGUUUUAGUUCCAGAUUGCAACCUCGACACAAUAAAAGUCAUCAUUACCUUGUCGCUUAGCUCAUUACCUAUAGAAUUAUACACCUUGAAAAGUGGCUUAAAGGGGAACUCCGGGAGAAAAAUGACCUUUUUCUUAAUGAUUUGCCUACAUUUGUUGUUUCAAUUUUUGACUACUAAGUUAAGUGAUUGUUCGUUAGAACGAAGAUAUUUCACCCUAAAGCGGAGUCAAAAAUGCAAAUAGCAUUCCGCCAUCUUGAAAAUUGUUUGCCUGCUCAGAAAUGGGUCAGCGUUUUCAUUUAUGACGUCAGAACGUCAAGCGUAAUCCGAUAUUUACUCGGCUUCCAGUUGUGUACAACAUUUUGCAUCGUCUGCUUUGGGAGUUUUUCUUACCUUUAUCACUCUUAUAAUGUCGAAUUCUGGGUCAGAAUCCGAGUUCUCCGACGAAGAACAAGGAGCUCAAACGUUUUCUAUCCAGCCGUAUCAGUUUGAACCGCGGUAAACACUGAUGUGAGGGAUAUCAACGCUGAAAGUCUUUCAGGCGACGAGUCCAUGGAAGGCAGCGAAGAAUUGAAUCCAAGACUGGAAAAUUCCGACUGGUAUGUGCUGUGCUGUUUGCUUCACUGUAAUUCUUUUACCGAUGUGCGAAAUAAACUGUUGUUUGGCCCAGAUGUCGUGUUCGUAAUUGUUUCUUUUUUGUUUUUUUUCGUUUUGAGAGUCUUGAGUACGUAAACAUUUCAUUAUCGAGCGGCCGACAAAUUGCUUAGUGUUCCUAGUUUUCAAUAUGUCUUGCAAAUUAGGUGCUGUGAACGUGAAAGCUGUUAAAAACCUAGCAUAAAUUCCCUCCUUCCCCCGCAGCUGGACUUUUCAAGUAGAAGGGAAGGAUUUUGAACAAUUUUCUUGGCGCUUCGCUGUCUUUUAUAUAUGUUAACACUGAGCAGGGGUGCAAACAAAAAGAAUUGUAUUUUUGUAAAUGUCGAUCUUCACUGCAUAUAGGUUCUUUAAGUCAACAGGCGGCCGUUGGUCCCGCCUAACCUAUUUCAGGAGAGAAUUUUAUUUACAUGUUUAACUAUCUAAAUUUGCCAGUGUCCUCACUUUCUUUACUAGCUUGUAUAAACAGUUUUCUUCAACUCAAACAAAAUUAAUCUGCUUCAACAUAUUUUAUCUACAUAUCACAAAAAAAAGUUAGUAACAUCUAAAUCUUAUGAAACCUUACAUUGUUUUCUUAAAUCAGCUCUCAAUUGCUGGUGUUUAUCCAGCUUCUUAACCUGUACCUCAUGUUAUAUGUAGAACAAUUCAGUUUUUGUUUCCCAUCUAUGAUUUAGGUGCUCAUGUGAUAAUUGCCAGAUUAUGGGGAGAGCGGAGGCAUGCAUAUGCUGCCAAGAAAUAGAGCAGGUUAAAAAUAAGCUUAAUGAAGCAGUUACUCGUGGUGAAUGUGAGGAAGAGCCAACAUGCAUCACGCAGCAUCCAGGGUUCCAUCCAGUGUGUAUAAAUAGAUGGGUCCUGCAGACUGCACGGUAUCAAUAUAAGCAACAAUACAAAGAAUCUAUUGAUGGUCCUGAAGGCAAACUCUACAGGCACAUAGCAUACAGACAAUUGGCCCGAUGGUACUGGGGAAUCCUGGGCAAGGAAAUUAGGGUUGUGCUUCCUUCAUGUGCUGUAAUGUGUAUUAGGAACUUCUAUCCUCCACCUGGGCCUGAGGAGGAGUUUGUCUUUACAGGGUUUAAAUAUGCAGACGAGUGACAUGACUUAAAACUGACAUCAGGCUGCCAGUGUAAAUGAGAAACUGUAAGCCACUUAUGAUGCAUAAUAUACAGCUAUAAAGAGGAUAUUACAAAUAAUUUGCUUACAUUUUGUGAGCUGAAUUUUUAAGCCUUUAGGUUUUGUAUUCUCAUUUUACACUAUGAUAUGUUGAAAAGUCCUAUACACAUGCAUCCAUGUACAUAUGUGUACAAAGGUUAUGAAAAUGCAAAUCUCCUUGAGAACAUAAAAAACAUGGUGUGAAUUAGGAAAACAAAACAUGCUAGCUAAAAAGGUCUAUUCCUCAUUAUUUGCAGUCAAAAAACCUCAAGUGGUAAACUGUUCUUGUCAUGUGGGUUUCAGUUUUUUACACAUAAUUGGAAUAAAAAGACAUGGUGGUAUUUGAGUUUCUUAUUGUCAAGUUUGGAAAAAAUUUCAGUGUUACUCUGAUUGACUGUUACAAAUAGGAAACCUCCAGGAAAUGUGUCAAAGGCUCACUAUUGUUAAGUCAUCUAUUAAAUCUUGAACGAUGUUGGCGUAUUGCAUCUGAUUUACUAGGUGCUGGUUCUGAGGCAAUGUUACUUGGUAGGUGUGGAUGAAGUGGCUGUGCGGCUGCAUUCCCCUGCUCAACACGACUGAGCACCUCUGAAAGUAGGUCUGACAAGAACUGAUAUGACUUCUUCUCAUUAAUUGGUUUGACAACCCAUCUUUUAUUUGCUUUUGGGAAGCAAAGCUUGUAUCGUGCCUCACCUGCCCGUUCACCUGACUUUCUCACACCUUGAUUAUGGCCAGUGUUAGCAUUGUUGUCUAGAGCCGCUAGCUGGGUCCUAGCUACCAUGCCCUGGUAAGAAUAAUGCUCGCGUUUGGAGGCAUACUUCAGCAUCAUUGAAUGGUACACCUCAAUUUUACCAGUGUGACAGAAGUCAGUUAGUUUAGCCAGAUCUUUAAGAAGCUUUUUAUUCAGUACCACUUCCUCUAAAGCUAUGUGAGCUUGUGAGCCUGGCUUAAGCCAACAAAUUUGCUUAGCUUCAGAGGAAGAGAUACGUCGGUGGCAACACUGAUGGAAGAGCGUGUUGCCUGACCACUUGUGCUUGUUUGCUACAUGAUCUAAAACAGACUUCCACUUUUCACGUAGAAGCUGCACAUUCCCACCGCAGGUUGCCACGCACCACCAAAGGUGAUUGGGAAUGGAUUGUAUCCAUGGGGCCAGUUCCUCACAACCCUUUUGUUUGGCUUUGUUUGUAAGUUUUUUGACCACCCGCUUGGAGAGAUGCCAAACAUCAUACUGGAGGUUGAUUUGUUGGAAGUCCUUCUUCAUGCUGCUGCUGAUGGAAACAUGGCGGUCUGUAGCAAUCCUAUUAAUCAUGAUCCCCUUUUCCUCCAAGUCUUGGAGACAGCGAGAAAAGCCCUCUUUCUCCAUGGCAUUUGAUGAGCUGACUUCUGAGACCUGGACAACAUUGAAUGCAACCACAUCUCCAGAGUCCUCAUCCAUUAAAGUGUAGGUGCCAUAUUUGGCACUGUGGCCAGGGCUGUCACACCUGCCAUCACCAUCGAGAUUUACAACUUCCUUGGAAGUCAGUCUGUCUACCUGCCGUUGACUCUCUGCUUCCCAUGCCUCAUUCACCACAGGGAACAGGUAUUUACGCUCGGUGUCAUAAAAGACACUUUCGCUGAAAAAUUGCAGGUUAAAACAUGAUGCCAGACGACUUAUGGCAGCAAAGUUAUUACCUGUAAAAAGAAUGGAUGCUGCCAGUAAUAAAUUUUUUAGAGGUUUCCUUUUUACCACAGGUUGUGACUCCCAUGUCAUUUUACACCCACUCUGGCACUCGAGCUCUACAGAUAACAUGCUCCCAACAGUUUUUCUCUUCUGUUCAAUGACAACAUCACCGCAUGCCUGGUAUCUUUUAAAUAAAUUAUUUAGAUUUGAAUUAAAGACUACAAAUUUUUUUUCAUUGCCGGGAUUUUCAGGGUACUCAAUUUCUGAUUCUUCUUCAUCAUCAUCAUCAUCGUCAUCUUCAUCAGCAUCGCCAUAGUGUUUUCCUUUAGGGGGAAUUUCCAGUGGGGAUCUAGGUCCUCAUCAUCAACUUCAUCAUCUGUGUCACUGACAUGACCAUCAACGUUGUCAUCAUCAUUUUCCAGCCUUGGGUCUUCUUUGUGCAAUCGAGUGAAAGGGGUGGUGCUAAAAAAGUUAUCAUCAUAAGGAGGAAACACUGAACUGGGACAUGCUGGCAAAGAAUAAGUGUGAUCGUUCAAAACCUUCCAUUGUACAGCAUCUACAUAUGGUGGGACAUACAUGUAGGGCUCGUUUUGUAUAGGGGUGGGGGUAACAUUAGCUUUUCCCUUUUUUUGUUUGGAAUCCUCAGUUUGAACUGCUACACUUCUUAAGGUAACAGGCUGACAGCAACACUGAAUGCCAAUGUCAUGCACUCUUGGUUCUGAGGAGCCUGUUUCUUCAUUAUUAUCAAACUGGUGUUGAUCUGAAGAGUCUUCCAAGACAUCCUCUGAAGAAGAGCUUGACUCAUCGUCACAGUCUGGGAAGUCAGCAGCUAAAAGUUCUGCCACAGCCUGAUGGGAUAAAGGUCAAUACUUAACAGUAUUUUCUACAAAUAUUUUUGGAAUGUUCAAUUGUCUGUUUUUAUCGUCAUGUCGAAAUAAUGAAAGUGAAAUUACAGACUCGACAUACAAAACUGAGGGCGAGGGUGAAUUGAAGGACCUAACUUGAGGUAAGCACUAGGGAAAAUGAGAGAAAAAAACAGUUCUUAUUAACAUCUGUAACAGGCGGCGAUUUUUAGUACACGUUGUAUCUGCUACGUGGCACAGUCGACUGGAUAAAAGUCUCUUGAUGUGAGGUGACAUUAAAUUUCCCAUAAGGUCAUACAAGUUUUGAAUUUUUUUACAAGCUUAGCUUUAGCAGCUUGAUAGGAUUGGAGUCCUAAAAUUUAAACCUAUUUCACUCUGGUUUAGGUGUACAAACUCUCUUUUUACUUGCAAAUGCCGUUGAAUUAAUUCUGCCUUAUAGUGUUUUAUACCGAACUUGUCAGUUUCUCACUGAGUUCUGGAUAUGCUAGAGGAAAAACAGGAGCGUGAACUCUCAGAGGUCAUCUAAUUCGAACUGGACUGCAAUCUCGUAGCGUCCGCCAAGCAGGCAAAUCGAACAAGACAAGAUUUUUGCAAAAUAAAACAGGAUGAUAAAAAUUUGCAUGAGUGACAGUACUAACCUGUUUAUGGUUUUGUUUCUGAAGGCGACUUUCAGAUGACAAUCGCGCUUUUUUGGGUUCCGGACCAUAUUUAAACAGAGACGGUAUAGCGUCAUCCCUUAAAUGUUUUCGAACCUUUUCGCCCAUUAGUUGUGGACGGAAAUCGAUCUCAAAACAGCUGGGCAAGAAGUGUUCGCUGCAAACAUAGCUGUUUUCCAGGGGUGGCAUAUCUACACGCCUUACUCGGUCGAGCCAUGCCUUCGUUCUAUGGUCUUGCGGGAACUUGUGGUAACUUACGGCUUCUCCCGUCUUUUCUGAGUAAUUGUGGCUGUCAGGCACAACGCAGCUGACCAUUUUCUCCUUUGCUUAAUACAAACGGUCAAAAAGGUUGAACUGGAAGCCACGGACACAAUGCAAAGGGACGAAAUAGAAAGACGUUCCGCCCUCUUUGUUCUAAUUUACGAAUCUCCCGCGAACCCUUCACCAACCAACCGCGAACCAUUGACGUUCUUACGUCACAACGCACUGCUGACCAUUGUAACGCGGCUCGUAUUCUUCCCAAGAUGGCGGAAUACUAGGACGGCUUUUCGGCCAGCUUUAGCGGUAGGAGUACGGUAAGAAAGUUUAUUAAAAACUGAAAGUUUAGAUAUAGGACUACUAUUGUAAAUAAGUUCGUUUUUAUCCCGGAGUUCCCCUUUAAAGUCAAUAAUCACAGCAGUGCACAUCAACUCUUUCGUUAACGCCUUUAACUUUUGUUACCCAGGAAUAUCAUUGACGCGUUUGAUAUUUCUCCAGUCCAAUCUCGCGUGGCAAUUAUCGAGUACUCUACCAGUCCUACACUUGCCGUGGCGCUCGAUAAUUAUGGCUCAAAAACCAGGUUAAUGUGUGCAGUGGAUAGACUCCAAUAUAAUGGUAAGUAUCAACUUUCCACGGUUCAAGUGAUCGUUUACCAUUUACAAAAACUUUCUGGAAAAUCCGGUUGGAAAGUUCCAGCGGAAAAUUUCCAGGAACAAAGGGAAAUCUGAAAAGGUACGGUAGUCCGUUUUUUCCUAGCCUGUGAAUGCAGCCUUUUCUCCUUGCUACUCGCCGCUAAGGACGUUUCGCCAAGAGGAACGUCUGCGACUCAGCGACAGAAAUUCCAUACUGAUGACGUAAAAUCUGUCCGGAACCUGGUCAGGAUCCCCGAUUGGUAGACGUGGUAGCUAUAUUGUUUUACCUUAUGUCUAAGAUAGAACGACAGACAAAAGACGUAAGACCACAAAGGUCAAAUGUAAGCGUGAUGAAUCAACUACAAAACAGCCAAUAUUCCCAGAAUAUUUUGUUCUUUGGAAAAACCAUCUGAGUUUUUCUAGAGCUCGUUCGCAAAAGAUCACAAAACUUUACCAUAAUCGACCAAGAGAAGCAUAAAAUCAAACAAAUUUACAUUUGAAACCCCAUGCGACAGGAUUUUUUGUGUAAACACUGAUUUAUGUCAUCAGUAUGGAAUUUCUGUCGCUACGUCGUUGACGUUCCUCGUGGCGAAACGUCCCUGGCGGCGAGGAGCUAUGAGAAAAAACGGACUACCGUACCUUUUCAGCUUUUCCUUUGUUCCUGGAAAUUUGUGUUCUGUUUCAUCAAAGCCAUCUUUGAUAACAGUUUCAGGCAUUCGCAGUCGUUUUUUUAGUAAACGGAACUGAUUUGCGGGACGAAAUUCACCAGUCGUCAAUUUUGUUUACCAUUUGCCCAAACCGAAUCGAUUUAUUAAGCUUGUGCAUGGAUCUUCUGUUCCCCGUUUUUUAUACCAAAGAUAGCACUACCCCUUCUCCCUUGAGUACUAUUUUUGCAGUUGUAGGAUAUAUGUGUACAGUUAUAGGAUUAAUAUAGUUGCUGGAUUGGUUUUUCUUUCCAUUUUUUUGUUUAUUCAGUGUUUCGUUUAGAAUAAUAAGAAAACCUCCCUACAGUUUCCAGCGUUUUGAAAGAUAAUUUGAAACACUUUUUCCUUUAUGCAAGCUGUUUCGUUGAAUAAUAAGCCUGGCAUUGAUUGGAAGCAGGUAUUGUGCACUCUAUCGAACGUAUUAUAGAACGUAUCAUGAUUGAUUCUCCUCAACAAAGUGUAGUUAACAACUCAUUUUUGAGGUAUAGGAUUUCACGAGUAGGCCUUUACGGUCAAAGAUACAAGGUAAUGGGUGUUAAAGAUUGUCUCAAGGCUUGUUACAGUGAACUUUCUUUUUAUCCUAGGGGGUAAAACGUACACUGGAAAGGCUCUAGAAGUUGCUCAUCACAAUGUGCUGAGACCUGCCAUUGAUAAUCCAGUCAGCGAAAAGGAAACGGUUCAGGUAAUCAACGGGAGCAAUCUGGCCGUAGCCUAGCUACUAUUCUGCAAUAGAAAUAACGUUUCCCCAGCAAAAGAGCUACGCCACUGCCAUUUUGACUUGCCAACUUUUUGACAAAUCGUUUUCCAAGUUGUACAUGUUAUUUUGGAAUGCAGAUGAUUUUCUUGAAAGGUGCUAAUUUUCAACACAAACGCAAACUUCAGCACACUGGCAAAUAAAAUGCACGCUCACAAAAAAGUAGUUUUCGGCAGUAUGAACCCUGCAACACCCAAAAGUGAUUGUCAUCUAACUUCUCAACAUCGAUUCGUCAAUCGGCAGACACGUGACGAGACAAGGCAAAUGCAUCAGCUAGAGGAUUUCAUCUUCAUAUUCCCCAAAUUCCCUUAACUAGUGUCCGAGGUAAUGUAAAGACGCUGGAAAGGAGAAUUUUUUAUCAGAUCUCGUGAUUUAAGGGUUAAGUUGUAGAGUACACUUUUACCUUUCAUUUACACAAUUGAUCACGGUAGCGGAUCCACGGUAUUGUCUUUUUUCAAAGAAUUUACUUGAAGUUUCCGUGACCACACUCAACAGCAAAAGGAACUUAGGCCUGUUUCAAGCGUCGUGCUACUGCCGUACCGAACUCAAUUGAUCGAAUUUAGCACGGCAGUGGCGCGACGUUUGAAACCAAGUCGUGGCAAGCCUUUCCGUACUACACGGCAGUAGCUCGACUUGGUUUUAAACGCCGUGCUACCGCCGUGCCGAACUCAAUUCAUAAAUUGUAAAUACUUUAGAAUACCUUUAAAACUUUGCUUAACCGUUUCCUUAUUUUUGUGUUUUGUUUUCGGCAACAGCCGUUCUAUUCGACUGAAUUAAUUCCACGUCUGAAACCAUGUCGUCCCAGUGUCGUUCUGCAGUCGAGCUUCAGUCGAGCCAGCUUAGCACUGAAGUAGCACGUUUGAAACAGGCCUUAGACAGCGCAGAUUCUCUUCUUAUUAUUAAUCAUCAGCGUGUUUUUUUGCUUUCAACGAUUUUUGUCUUGCUGUUGCUACUUCUACUUUUAGAUCGUCAUUUUACUCACCGAUGGAAAAUCAAACGACCGUGACGAAACGGCUUUGGAUCGUGCCGUAAAAAAUUUGAAAAAUAAUAUACCAGGUAACUUUUCAACAUUGCUUUCAUGUUUGCUUCUUUCCUGCCGUGUCCUAUCACUUAAAGAGUAUUAUCUGAUGCUGGUUAGAUCUGGCCUCAUUCAUGAGGUUCUGGCUUGGGCUCGCCAUUCCGGAGUCACGUAAUUCUCCCGUGCGUGACUCUGGCCUGAGCGGCGGCGAAGGAGACUACCCUGUUCGCAGUCUUCAGAGAAGGGCAAUUAAGUUUUUUUUUUUGGCCCAAAUUGUAUGGAAGGGACCUAACUCUUUCACCACAAAAGGGUUAGUUUAGCCUUCCAGCUGCUUGCUUCCACCACAGUUAAUACGGGAGACUGGUCAUGAAAGCCGGCAAACAUCAAGGUUGAAAACAACGGUUCUGUAGUUUAUGUUGGAAGCUUCCUGUCCGCGCACAAUCCUUUGUAUUUGCGUCAUAAAUUGUGAAUGAAUAAAUUAAUGCCAUGUUUCUAUUUGUCAGUGAGUUUAAAAUGGUAGGAAUGCUAUUGAACGUUGUGCACGGUAAGGUCCGAAAAAGCGAACAAAUACAUAUAACAAAGGAGUCUAACGGGUUUCAUAACAAUUCCACUUUAAUCACUGUGCUUCCGCUAACACACUAACAGAUAAAUCAGGUUUCUUUUAGAGUCGUAUACAGUGAAAUGAUCUCCGCUCCAUGAUUGUUGAAUUCCUGAUCAAAUGUAACAUUUUAUAUAGAUUUAACCAAGGCUAAAAACGAAGCUCUCGUGGGGAAUUUUUUACAUAAAUUUCUUUCUGUAGUGAUUCAACUUUCGCCAUAGCCCAUAAGCAAGAAGAAACUGAAUUCCUUCCGAAAAAAUGGCCCUGAGAUUGUGAUCAAUUAAAAACCAAUAACAGGUCAGCGGAAAACCUUAAAAAACGUUAACUCAAUUAGUUGUACACCUAAGCCUGUAACACUGGACAGCGGUUAUCCUAUUUUGACAGCUGUCAAUUGACCAUAAAAAGAAUGUCCUAUAUCAAGUUAAUCACAUUGCAUUUGACUUGCAGUCCAAAUUAAAAAGUGACAUUUCACAUUCGCUGACGUGAAGGACGUGUAGAAUAAUUAGAUAACCAAAUGUUAUUACCCAUGGUGCUCCGUUAAAAUAUCGUAACAUACCAAACCAUACCAUACCAUAUUUACAUACCAUACAGGCUUCUACUCAAUUUUGUGGGGAGCCGAAAGAUCUCUUCUUAGUACAAAAAUACUGUGCUUGGCCAUAAUCUGACAUGUUUCAUUUUAGACCUUACAAUAAUUGCUGUGGGGGUUGGUACGUACAAUCUUAAAGAGUUGAAGUUCAUUGCGACCGACGGAAAAAGACACGUCUUUACUGCCAAGAACUUUGAUAAGCUCCUCAAAUUGGUUAAGGCACUAAGGAAGAAAGCCUGCAGUGGUAAGUGUGCCAUUUUAUACAGACUGCUCUCGCUUUGCGGACACCUCGAUAAAACGGACAGCAGCUAAUUCCCCGCGAAAACAAAUUACAGACGUUUGACUGAAAUGAACUCCCGCUAUUACGGACUUUCGCUAAUAAGGACACUGACUGGAGAUCCCUACAGUGUCCACAAUAAAGGGAGUUGACUGUAGUAACAAGUUUUAAGAGACAUUACGAUCUUUCGGAAAAGAACGAAUCGGAUUGUCGAAGUAAUUAGAAAGCCUAAUCUCUCAGUUACCGAUCGGACGCCGCAUGAUUUCAAGCUUUGGGAGGAACUGAGGACAAAAUAUUUAUCUAAACAUCAAUGAAAUUCCAGGUGGGUUUUCGCACGAAAAAUGAUAACUUGACACGUGAAAAUAAUAUGGCAUCUUAACACGUCAAAAUAACAAGUUAUCUUUCUCACGUGAAAAGAUCACCGUUGCUGUGAUUUGGAAUUUCAUUGGUAUUUACACAAUUUUGAGAUACGAUAUUUCUCUUUCUCUUUCUCUCUCUCGCGCGAACGAUUUUAAGAUAAUUUUUCAACACAAACAAAUUGACACAGCAUGUUUCUAAAGAGUUUCCAAGUUUCAGACGAGGAGAUGAGUAAAUAAAGUAAACUUGUCGAGUUUUUCAACUCAAAACAUUUUUCAAAAUCGUGUUUGCGUCAUUACCGCGCGCACAGCAAAACAUCUUACGUCACAACCAUGUUUACAUACUCUCAUGUGAACACGCCUCGCGGCCAAUCAAAGUGCGCGUACUAUCUUAGUUAUUUUUAUAAUAGUAGUUUAGCGGACUAUACGAAAUGUUUGUCACAUGGGAAACUAUUUUAGGUCGUCAGCUCGUUUAUUUUAUUUUAUGUUUAUCGCUUUGGAAUGUAUAUUUACUUUCAGGUCUGUUGUCCUUCGUUGGACGAAGCGGGGAACUUCGAACAUUUUGGCCUUCGUAGAAUGGGUUUUUUAGGGCUUGAAACAGUCCCUACUCAGAUUUCCUGCCCAGUGUUUUUUACCAUAUUGGGUUUUCUCUGACAGGAUUUUUCUCGUUCCUGUUCUGCAAGUUGUUUUUCUGCCAUAAACGUCCGCGCAACUCUGUUCUGCCAGAUACUUAUCCGUAAUUUGAGCGUGGUUUUUAACUUAUUGUACGGUUCCCGGUGCACGGCCAAAACUGCCAAAAAAUGUUCCUUUUUUCAUCUUGUACUACUUAGUGGAGUUGAAAUUUGGAGUGUCAUAUAACGUUUUGACCUUUUUAUUUUCAGCACCAGUGUACAUGGGUCUUAAUUUCACCAACACAGGUGACACCACAGAAGUCGUGGCUUUUGUUUCUCCUAACAAGGCUCGAUUCUUCACUCUAUCGGCAGAGCACUUCUUUGGAGUUGAGAAUAUAUAUAUCGAUGUAAGAGGUCUUCCUUUUUCCUUUUUCCGAUCCAAUUUUGUAUCAUACAAGCUAGAAAUAAUGUUAUAUUUUUCCAAAGUUCGAAACAUUUUGAACCUACUUGAUCCAAGUGUGUCCAGUACUGGGAUUUCAAGGCUGUUUAACUUUAAAUCUGUUAUUAGAUAAUUCCACAAUACGGAACAGUGUCUGUGUAUGCGUCAAGAAUAACUGAUGUGCCAGGACCUGAUAACUAUACUCAAAAAGUUGGACCCGCAGGUAAGCUUACAGGCCAAGAGUAAAUGAAUUCCUAUUUCUUAUAACUUAAACACUAGUCUCUGUUUUUUGUUUUUGUUUUAUCAGAACGCUUUAAAACUUUCAAAUUCAUGACUUUUUUAAAGAUCGAGCAACUAGCAGAACUGAAAAACGUAUGACAAAAUCACCUGGUUACGAUCAAGGGUUGUAGCCAAAGUCGCACCUAUCCUUGAACCUAAAGCGUCAUAAUCGAUCUGAGUUUUACCUCUGUUCAGGUUAUUAACAAAUAUUAAUCUAUAGAGGUAAACAUUUAUUAAAAUAAUGCAUAAUAGAGUUAAAUUGUGUAGUAAACAGACGUUGGGACAAAACUACUGCUACACUGGCUUCUAUUCUGUGCGAUUCAUUGAGUGGAAGCUAACGCUUUGAGAGACAUUAGUGAAAAUUUGAAUUGAUUGCAUGAUGAUCUCAAGCUAUUGAUAGACGAAGUUGAUGAUUUUUUCAUUGAGAGAAAUUACUCGGUUUAAAUAACUUUCAUUAAAGUAGAGGGAUUUCACAGGAGAUUCAAACUUUAGAACCACACAUGGUACUUUGUACCACCGAAUAUCCUGUUUAUGUUGUAGUUAAGACUGUUUUUCUGUUGCCUUUUUAAAGGAGAAGGAGAUGACCUACAGAUUGAGUUUACAGACCUUUGUGCUGGUAAUCAUUUAAAGUAGUUCUUUAUAAAGUGUUUAAGAGUAGGAAAGUGUUGAUCCUCAUCCCCGAGACUUGAACUAUGAUCCUCUGUAUGGGUAUCUCCGACAAAAUCAAAGUAGCAACGGUAGCCAUUAAUGAAGCGAUGAUUUUAAAGGUUAAGGAGACGAUUGCGAUUGCCAUUCCAAUCAAGUCUGACAACUUUAACUUAACCUGCCAAAAAGUAUGUUUCCUUGGUCGUUGUUUGCACUUAGCUCGGUAGUAGCGUUACCACGCAGAACAAUUCUUGAUAUGCGACGAUUUCGCAUGAAAAACCAACGAUUUGAUAGAAAACGCGAGACGAAAUCGACGUCCGCGAUUACCCAAACACUCUAUCAAUGUCAAACUUGCAUUCAGCGCCUACCAUUGUAGAUAGUAAACUGCAAGGAAUCUCUCUAGUCUAAUAGUUCUAAACGAGAACAAAGCUCGGUUAACACCAGACGAGAUUUUUCCGCAUUCGUAAAUUUUUCCGGAUUUAUUCCAUUUAGGAUGAUACUAAUUAACGAUUAUUCGAAGAGGUUUGGCAAAAUAUCGUAGUUGUCAGUGGCGACCAGAUCUGCUCGCCACUGACAAAUCACGAUAUUUUGCGAUAACCAACUUUUAUCAUUGUUUUAUCAUUCGAUCAUCAAGUUUGUUUUUGAGCUAUUUUGAAAAAAUAGCUCAUAUGUCAGUGUUGAGAGCGUAUGUAUCUUUGUGGCUUUGUAUCUUCGGAUGUUUUUUGCAGGAGCCAAUAAGGUUGAAGGUACUAUGAGUUGAUGCUUAGGAACCAAUGAGAUCUUGGCAUCUGUUAAACAUGGCAUUGCUAAGGUCAAACAAGGGCACUUUGAGACCGCCAUCUUGAUUCUUCACAAUUUUUUCGUCUUUUAUUACGGCUACCGGUGUUUAAAAGCAUUACAUCAAAUAUCUUCAUGAUUCAAACGCUGUGUACGCUGAUACAGCUGUUUAAGGUCCAGUUCGGACCCCGAUCUCUUCAUGAGCCGAACCUGAUUCGAAUUAAAGCCGACCCAAAUUAUUUAGAUCGGCUGAAUUGAUUCAGAAGCCGAUCUUAAUUACAGCUGAAUUAAGUUCAAAAGGCAUAAUAAUUUAUACAUUAGGUUCGGUACAUGAAAAGUUUGGCGUCUGAAUAAAGCCGUUCCAGAGUCGCCCGAAAGGCGAAAUUCUCGGCCAGACUAGUCGAAAAGAACGGCUGAGCCGUUCCAAAUUGAAACAGGCGUUACCAACUGAUUCAGACGCCGAACUUUUUAUGUACAUAAUUCAGUGUAUUAGGUUUGGCUCAUGAAAAGUUCGGCGCCUUAAUAUUUUAGUGUAGAUGCUGCUUUAAGACAUUUCUGACCUAACUCGGCUAUCGCAAACGGUACAACGCACGUAUUUAUGAGAAUAAUUGAUAGCGGAGAAGUGCGAAGCGAAGCGCGCGCGUGGGCGGAGCCCCAUAGCUAAGGAAAUCUACCCAUCUCAGAAGAUUUGGUAAUCACGUGACCGUACACCGACCGACCGACCGACCGUCCGUCCGUCCGCACCACAGGAAAACCAAUGUUUACUUUCACACUUUUUAACUGCUUUGGGAGCCGAGGGUAAACUGAUUGCACAUCAAUGUGGUGAUCAAUCAUGGAUAUUGUUAUAUUCCUAGACUUUCACUCAACUAAACAGGGACUGCCAUUGGUUGAUUCUUGGUCACGUGUCCUUAACUAAAAUCAAAUGUAUCCCGAUCGUGAUACAUUAAGCAAUGUUCCCCCGCUCGGGAUACAUUACAGCAGGUGAUCAAAUUAUGGUGGAAAGUGGCGUCACAGAAGAAGGGAAAAACACUGCCAGUUUUCUUUUUCGUGAAUGAACACAACAACACUAACACGAAGCCUCAAGCUAAAAAAGCAACGAUUUUAAAAGUUAUACCAGAAGAGAAACAGCAGCUAGUGGAGAAAAAUCAUGCAGAUAAUAUAAGGAAAGUACUUUGUAAAUCAUUCAUUCAGUAGUUUUUAGAAUUAAAUUGGUGUUUUUAUAAGUACCCAGUCGACUGUUUUAGUUCGCUCCGGUUAUCUUUUGUCGCUGUUGAAAUGAAAGUCUAGAAAUACAACAAUAAGUGUAUAAUAUCCAUGGAUCAAUCGACAACCGUCAAAACAAGGUAUCCGCUGACCAGUAUCACCUGACCGUAUCGCGGGCUCAAGUGUCGACCCAUCGAGGUCGAGUACUUUUUUGAAGUUAUCCGCUGACAAGUUUCUAGUUUUCAAAUGAUCGCAGGCUCAAGUUCACUUUUAUUUUUUAAUUCAUAUGAAAUAUGUUGUGUUUAUGUCUCUAUCGCCUCGCACUAUUAAGAGUUUGACUUCAAAUUCAGCUAGUUAAUUAGAAAUACUGGCGGGGAAGACCUUUUCUUACCAAUGUCACGCGUUGGUCACGCUCUACGUCCAAUUUUUAUGCUCUUAUUGGUCAAAAUUUAACAGGUCAGUUCAUGCGGAAAAUGUAUGCAGCAUCUUGAAACUUGUUUAUUUUGACAGCUGAAGCUGAGAGUUUUGUGUCAACUUGUGAUGUUUUUAACCGUCUUUCUCCACUGGAUGUACAAAAUGAAAUACAGCUGCUUUCAAGAGUCUUCUGUUAUUCAUGGCUAGUUUGUUUAGUGUUUUUUUGGUUGAGAGAUGCGUCUCUUGUCAGAGUCGAAAAUCCGAUUUUGGAUGGCAUCGUUUUCGUUUUUCACCUUGCUUGAUGCGUAAGAGGGUUCAAAAGUCUCAAGCGAUUCUGACCGUACUUCAUAGCUUUCAGGAGCUGCAUCUCGAAUGGAAAGCCUGAGUAAUUAUUAUAUUUGAUGUUUGUUUUUUUUAUAUCUAAUUUCAUGAAGUCGAGCACAGUUUAUGCGGUUUAUGCACAGUUUAUGCACGUUUGCAAGAUUUAGGACAAUGAUCUAACCUAGUAUCAAGUUUGAUAUAAGCUUACAGAACUUUAAAAAGCCUUUAGAUAUAUUUUCUAGAAAGAAAACGUUCUGAAGAAUAUUUAGUUAUAAAUUUGGCUGUAGAAAGAAAACUUUGAGCGAUUUUCUUUCAUAUGAAAUAUGUUGUCUUUAUAUCACUAUGACCCGCACUAUUAAGAUUUUGAUUUCAAACCGACCUCGGACGCUAAAAAUUUAAGCGAGUUUUUUAAAAAUACAGGCGGGGAAGACCUUUUCUUACCAUGGUCACGCGCUUGUCACGCUCUACGUCCAAUUUUUGUGCUCUGAUUGGUCAAAAUUUGACAGGCGAGUUCAUGCAGAAAAUUUAUGCAGCAUCUUGAAACUUGUUUACUUUGACAGCUGAAGCUGAGAGUUUUGCGUCAACUUGUGAUGUUUUUAACCGUCUUUUUCCACUGGAUGUACAAAAUGAAAUACAGCUGCUAUCAAGAGUCUUCUGUUAUUCAUGGCUGGUUUGUUUAUUGGGUUUUUGGUUGAGAAAUGCGUCGCUUGUCCAAAUUCGGUAAUCCGAUUUCGGAUGGCAUCGUUUUCGUUUUUCACCUUGCUUAAUGCGUUAGAGGGUUUAAAAGUCUCAAGCAACUGUGGCCGUCCUUGAUAGCUUUCAGGAACUGAAUCUCAAAUGGUAAGCCUGAGUAAUUAUUGUAUUUGAUGUUUGUUUUUUUAUAUCUAAUUUCAUGAAGUCGAUCACAGUUUAUGCGGCAAGUUUAUGCACGUUUGUAAGAUUUUUGUCAAUGACCUGAUCUAGUAUCAGGUUUGAUAUAAGCUUACAGAGCUUUAAAAGGCCUUCAGAUAUAUUUUCUCACCUCAAAUAGAGAGAAAACGUUCCGAAGAAUAUUUAGUUAUAAAUUUGGCUGUAGAAAGAAACCUUUGAGGGAUAUUCUUUUUCGAGGAGAAGAGUUCGUCUUUGAAAAAAGCAAACACCGGGAGGCCGGCUUAAGGUGGCUGAGCACGGUUUUGGCAGUUUGUGAGUAUAUGUCAUUUGCCAAAUCAAUGCGUGAGAAAGGUUGCAGUUCACAAGCUGAAAUUUGGGAACUAAAGAACAUACUGAUGAAAGAUUUCGAUUGACAGGUAAAAUUUGACGUUUUUGUAGUUUCCAUGGCAACAUGAACGAUUGGCUACAACCUUAAAAUUUCACUUUUGCUCAGUCUACAUAAAAUUCGCUCAUUAGAUUUUUCCUAUAAAUUUGCACACAGCUUACUAUGUUUAAUCAUUACCAUUUGAAACUUAUUUGACCAAAUUUUAACAGACGGGUUUUCAGAUAAUCAAAAAUAUAAUUGCAGUGUAAUUAUUAAAUGUGUCACAAAAUUCAUCUGUUCAACUUCCAUUUUAAAGUUCUCAUAAUUUACAAUACGAUAAAAGUAAAAGUUCUGCCAAAUAUCACAAAAUUUUGAUGAGUAGAUUUUGAGAAAUCGUCUUCUGUGUACCAUUGCUUUUUUUCUGUGUACCAUUGCUUUUUCUUUAAGUGCCUUGAAAGUGUGUGAUUGUGUGGUUGAACUGCGGUUUCGCCAAAAUACUCUGUGCCAGCCAUCAGUAUUGUUUCGUCGGUGUUUAGCUUAGCUAAUUGUACCUUGGAAGGAACUCCCGAGUCAGGAAAAUUGGAUCUACGUCUAGUUUCAGCGGGCUCUAAUGGCAUUGCACCAUAGGCCGGUUUUUGCACUGCGGAUAAGAAGGUGAUAAUUUGUGCACUGUUUCAUUCAGUUUGUUGUCUAUUCCAUGCGGAAUCCUGUUGUUUAUCGGAUCGCGAAAAAAGCACUGUUUUGCUAACUAUUUAAGUUGUUAUGUAAGCCUUAACCAGGCACUCUUUCGUUGCAGUACAAAAAGAAUUUCUAGAAAUUUCUAGACUGAAAUGACACCGGUUUGAAACUUCGCGAAGUCAGUUUACUGAAUAGAUGUUCUAAAAUUUGGGUGAUUUUAAAUUUGGACUCGUUGGAAUGCUUCUAGGGACCAUUAACUUACUGCCCGUUGUCCAAUAAAGGCUCUUAAUCGGCCUUUGAAUGAGUUUUGUUGUUUUAAAUUGUCAAGUAGUAGAUUGAGUUGAUAUUUUUGCUAACCCGGUUUUCAAAAAUCGAGGUAUAUUUGUAAAGUAAACCUGUGGAACGCAAAAAAAUUCGGCCUGCUUUCUUUUCCAAGAAUUUGUUUUCGAGGCCUAAUCUACUGUGAUCAAGAGCCAUUAUGGCUCUUGAAUGUGAUCGAAGAUGUUUUUGAUUUAUUGGGUGUACAUAUAAGGCUAUCAACUCGAUGUAAGAUGUUUCACUUGAAAAUAACUUAGCCUUUCUCUCAAAAGUCACAUAAAUGUGCCCUUAAGUUAACUGAUUUGUGGAUUACAAGUUCAUUGUUUGAUUUAAAUUAUAAAUUUAUUAAUAGGAGCUUCGCUUUUACCCCUGGCUAAAUCUAUAUAUUAGUAACUUGAGCGUAUGAAGAUAUCUUUAGUUUUUCGAAGUUAAGCAAAGACUCUUUUCUUUUAACAAGCAAUAACUUAUAACACCUUCAUUAAAGUAGAAUCGCACGUGACAACCUCGUAAAUAGUGAUGAUGCAACCAUCUAAAACCUUGAAGAAACCUUGAAACCUUCGAUUCUUCUCUCUAAGCAACUUUUGGUGAGUUGAUACUCAUAGUACUUUAACAAUUUGUCUAUUUUGCACCAGAUGUGAGAAGGAAAGAAAAAGAAAAGUGAAUCUAUAGUAUGAGGAUCGAAUCAGCUAUGUGCAGCGGUUCUCGUUUUCAUUAACGUACAGCAAUACCCAAUUUCGCACAAAACACAGCCUUAAUUAGGAUUAAAACAGUAGAUUGCCGAUACUGUUACAGUGAAGCAUUCAAAAUAGCUCAUGCACGUAAAACGUGCCUAUGUUUUAAUGAAUAUCUUCUGGAAGCGAAGCGAUCUGCCACUUUUCACGCAAGAGCGAUCGCAAGAAGGAGAAAAGCCUGGUUGCGUUUGUGCAUGAGCAGAAUAUUAUUUCCAGCCAUGACCAGACCAUUAUUUGUAGGCAGUUAUUUGCAGGUCAGGUGGUGGGCUUUUCGGCCAAUGAAAAGGAAAAUUUGUAUCGAAUGAUGAAACGUAUUCAAUUUCCCAACCUGUAAAAAUAAGUCGAUAAAUCCGAGAACAUUCAUUCGGGAAGGGUUACCAAGCAGUUUUGUUUUACCGCUAAUUCAAAUGAUCGCAGGCCGAAAAGAGUAACUGUAUUCGUUGGUAAUUUUUUUAAACUUCAGAACAUAUGCAGAUUGAACUUUAAUCAGAUACAAAGUAUUCCCGAUUCAAAACCUCCGAUACGCGACUAGACCGGUACGAUUUCCUCUGUGUGCUAUCCGCGUUUUGCCCUGACAAUUCAAGUAUGUGCGUGUAAACUGAGAAACGAAUCCGGUACCAAAAUGAGCUGGAUUCGUUAUACCAAAUCGGGAAAAUCAACUCUGGCGUAAACCUAAGAUUCAAGCGGAUUUCUAGAUGUAUCCAACGCGUAUAUUUGAUUUCGGGUUAAGGUAAACGCUUUUCAAACUGGGAAAAGUAGUGUCCAGGUCAGCGCAGUCCCAUAGUUGACUGUGUCCCUUUAAUACAAAGAGAUGUACCAAAACCUUUCAGGCUCAUUCACUUCAUGAUAGCCUAGUGUUUCAUUCGAUCCUCGAUCUUUAACAAAAACCUCUUUUUGAGCAAACUUUAACUCAUCCUUUAACAUUAUUUUAUCAUAUUUGGUUAAAAACAGUAUCCAAAGGAAUAUGAAAAGAAGAAAUGAGAAACGUGUAGGCGCCGGGUGGGAGAAAUCGCCUUCGUUUACCAAGAUAACAAAAGAAAUGAAUCAAUAACAUUGGCAAGCAAAUAAUCGUUAUAUGUAUCUUUCGAAAAUCGAUGGAAAAGGUUAUAUAUGUUUGGAAAAUCAAGCUUUCACGACCGUGAACCUUCGACAAUGAUUCAUGCAGACUCCGUGUCAUUUCUUAUCUCCGCUGAUGAUCGAAUUCAGAAGUAUUCGUAGAUGUUUGGCUCUCCCUGGAAAAAUCCAUCGGUAAAUUCUCAAUAUAAAUGGCAUAUAAAGAAUGAGUGCUCUGAUAUGGCAUAGGAUCUAUAAUCACGAUUUCGGCUUGUAACAAGUUCAACUCUAAAAGGUUUGUUUGGAGUAUUCUGGAUGCGCUUCUCACUUUCUGUCUCACGCGCGUCUUGUGAUAUGCAAAUCAGCUGAGAAAUGGUAUCUAAUGCGCAUGUGCAUCAGCUGACUGUGUCCCUUUUAGAAAUGACACACUAAACAAAACUGUAUUUAUAUCCUGUAGGGUAUAAUUCAUCUGAAACUUGUCCUCCAAUCAACAUCGGAAUCUACGGAGAAGCCUCGUCUCUGACAUGCGCAGGUGAUUCUAAUUAAAAACGUUCUUCACUUUGAAUUUUUUUCGUUACUUCUUCAUGUUUUACCUACGUAAAGUAGUAUAAAUGUGGUCUUAUAAACAAAAUUAAAGCGCGGAAUGUAAUUAACCAUAUUUUGGCUGAAACUUGGCUUUAGUCGGGACACUUUCUCGAGUUUCAAAAUCUGACUUUUCCCGACAAUGUUUUGUCCAAGAAUUCCGCGCCGAUACAAAACUUCACGAGCUGGUACUGCGAAGGGGUAAACUUGGUACACUGUAAUGUCUUAUGUAUUGAGUGGAAUUCUAAAAGAGCGCUUUUAUAAAAUGAUAUAAGGCGUUAAUUUCAGGGAUGACAGAUUUUGCUCAUUUAAACGAUUAUAUCUUGCUGGCAAACUUUAAAUUGAAAAAUCUGCUCAAUACAUAAUACACUGCAGGUUUUGACCGAUCAUUUAUUAAUAAAAGUAGAAAUGCGUGUAUCGCAGAACCGCGCAAAGCUCGGGGGGGGGGAGGCCCAUAAUGUCAGGGAUGGAAGGGGAGAGAAUUGAGGUGAAUUGUGUAGCUCGGGAGGGAGGGUUUCAGCACUGGCUCUGUAAAUAUUGGAAGGUGAGAUUUAGUUAAUCUCUUUUGGUUGGAGUAAAUUUGAACCCAGUGCUCUUUUAUUAAAAAAAAUUUUCUGAGAUUUAAAUGGGGUUGGUGUUGUUAAGGAAGGGUAGCCAAAGUUUCAUAGGUCCCGUGUUCACUCCAUCUGACCCUCCUACACAUGUAAUUGUAGUAAAAAAAAAUGGGUGUGAUAGUCAAUAACUGCAGGCGAAGAUGAAGCUAACCCAUGCUAUCUUUAAUGUGUAGUAUUAUUCAUUCAAAAUAUUUCCCGAUUCUGACUGGCUAAAAGCACACGUUUAAUUCACCAUAACCAGUUACUGAAGACCAAAUUUGGAAGAAAUUUGACUUUAACGAGGAAAUGACGUCAAAAAUGCGGCGUUCUCGCGGGUUAAGGCACCGUUAACCGAGAAGUCCUGGGGAUGAGGUUGAGUUGUUUUGGUUGUGAACUUGAAAAAAUGGCGGACAUUUCACUCGUCUCAAGAGUAAGAACUAGGCGAAAAAAUAGCUAAAAACAUGGCAAGAAUAGCAAGAAGACAACUCGAAGGGCGACAUCUGCUAUUUGGAGAAUAUUUGCGGAGCUGGACAAACCUAAACGUACACUAUCGAAGGUGAACUAAACAUCGAUGGAUCGAUGGAGGUAAGCAUAUUUUAGCUAUGUUUUUAAACUAGGAAUUAUUUUGAAUGAAUAAUAAAACAGUUAUUGAAUUCGACUUUCGUAUCAUAUGAAGAAUUAUGGAGAUCUCGGAGGGUGUUAUCCGCCUCGGCCUACGGCCUCGACGGAUAACACCCUCCUCGAUCUCCAUAAUUCUUCAUGAGAUACUCAGCCUCAUUCAUUAACUGUUAAAUAAUAAUUACUUGUGAAGUGUGUCAUUAGUACUAAGUGAUGAAAUGAUAGGAGAUAAUACUGAAGUGAAAAUAACAAGUGCAUGCUGGUAAUUGGAGAAAAAAAUAUUAAUUUGUUAAGUAAACUACAGCAAGAGAGUGUUUGCAUCACAGCAAUCCUCUCCACCAAUUUAUUACAGGAAUUUAUCGUUAAUGUUAAGUGCAGAAUGGUUGGUCUUAUAGGAAAACCCUAUCUCUGCUUGUCGCUGAAUUUCUUGAAACAAUAUUCGGCCAAUGGAACAUGAUUAACUUCGGGGAAUAUGCAGGAAUAUGUCACCUCCCUCUGACUUCUUUGAAACAGUUAAAUUUUCCCUGACUUGCUAAAUUGUCCGUUACAGGGGAAAGAAUUAAUUUUCCUGGCAUGGUAACACAUGUCACACACUAAUAUUGCGAGGAGAUCUGAAAUACAGAUGUUCUUUUCGAAUAUUAAAAAUACGAUCAAAAAUAGGAGGCCAACAAUAACAAAUUUUUGUUAUGCUUGACGUAAAAGACACAGCUGUGUUUAUGUAUAAGGCUGCUUGCUAUACAUAGAUAAUAUAUUUUACUUGGGAUGGUUUUGGGGAAGUAAAUGUAAUGAAAAUUUGUUCAGGAAGGAUAUUGUUUACAAAUGUAACGCUUCCGCACGUGUCACACAUAACUGUUCUUUAUAUAAUAAAGCUUUCUGCCAAAUCCAUCGUUGCUCAUGAUGUAAAGGCUGAUCGGAUGUCUUCAGUCCGUUACAAAGAUAUUCUUGACGUGCAUUGUAGAGAUCGUCCAACUCUUGCUGCUUAUUGCUGCAUCGAAGAAAAUAAUUUUGACUUUUAACUUCAAUCAUUGCCUAAUCUUCACGUCGCUUUUUGAACGUCGGCAGUCGGUGUUCCCUCACUUAAUCGGUUUCGUUUACAAUGUCGUUGUAGUAUUUUGUCGCUGCCUCUGUACAUGUUUGUGGUCGCUGUGUUGACGACGUUGCCUUCGCUGUGCUAAGUGAUGUUCUCUGUACUUCGCGGUUGUCUUCUUGGAUCCGCUUGCCGAUGAAUGUAAGUCGACGUUCGCCAGAGGAGUUUGGGUGGAAAAUUUUAGCCGGCGAUGAAUUACAGCCACUUGUUGUGCUUCCUCAUGUGUCAUUUGUAUGGGAAAUUGCUCGUGAUUCACCGAUCGUAAAUAUUAUCCACAGACGAUGAAUAAAAAUAUCAGCCUUUCAUGAAUAAAACAAAAAACGUGUGCCGUGGUCAUCGGCGGCAAAGUCUAUGUUGCCUGGAAACGCAAAAUGCUCCAUGACGUAACGCUACAUGACGUCGAUGGCGGACACCUUGCAGACACGAAGCAUUAACCUCGUUCCCAAUGUUCUCUUCUACCCGCCCUACGGAGCGAGAGAGAGAGAGGAACAUGCUCAUCAUUUCAUCCUCUGUAAUAGAGUAAUAAAGUGAUGACGUCAUAAAAAUUAAGUUAUGGGAUUUGUCAGGAUAUUCUGAAAGAACAAUGUCCAAGAAAACCAAGAACGAGAAGUCCAAAGACUACUGCAAAGCUGAUUUAAAACAAGAUAUUGUUUUUUAUAACAAUAUUUCGGCUGACUGACCAUACCAGCCUUCUUCAGGUUUACAAAAACCUGAAGAAAGCUGGUAUGGCCAGCCGAAAUAUUGUUUUAAAAAACAAUACACGUUGUUUUAAAUCAGCUUUGCAGUAGUCUUUGGACUUCUCGUUCUUGGUUCUUUAUAUUUUGGCUGAUUUGAUCUCUUUUCUAGAGAUCCAACGUUUACAACUAGCAGGAUCUUCGUCCACGGUUUUUGCAGUUAAUUUAAUGUCCUCGAGGCCUACUUGCCAAAAAUGGGAUCGACCCAAAAAAAUUUAGCAGGGUUUGUAUGGAGUUUCUAAGCAUAACUGGGUUACUAUCUCACAGACAAUUUGCCCAGAAAUGCUCAUUUUUUGCAAGUAGGCCUCUUGCACAUUGUUCUUUCAGAAUAUCCUGACAAAUCCCACGAUUUCAGAAAUUUCAUUUUUAUGACGUCACACUUUAGUACUAUAUACAGGUGCCUUCAAGCUGAAAAUAACGGUUUGGAAAUAUUAUUUUACAAUUUUAAAAAAAGAAAGUAUUUCCCAUGACUUCUCAGCACACAUGAUUUAAAUAAUUAGGUAGGUUAUUUGAAUGAUCAAAUAUUAUGUACGUAUCAAAAUAUUACAGGUAUUUCCUGUCAGGCAAUGAAUGAGAAAGGCAAUUCUUUUUUCGACAUUCAUGUGACUUUGUUUUAUCAAUAAUUCAUCCUACUUGAUUGUUGGCGUGGAGCUGUUGACAUGUUAGCUUGUAGAUUUUCAAUUUUGCAUGUUACUUUUUAAAAAUUAGGAAUUUGAGUUGAUUCAUAAUAAAAAAAAAAUGGCUCGUGUAAAAUUAUUCGUCAGUCAACUAGGGUAAUUAUUUCAGCGAAAGGUUUCAAAGAGGAUUUCUAACAAAUUGCAAAAAGAUCUCGCGGUGGGGCUGACUUGGUAGCUGCAGAUGUAAACAACUGAAGUGUUUUCUUGAAGCCUCAAGAGGCGGGCAAAACAUAGUAUGAUCACACCUGACGUUCAGAUGUGCUUCCUUUUCGAUCUGAGGUUUCUAAUGAAUUACAUCGGUCAUACUGCGAAGAAAAAAAAAAUAAACAAAUGGGAGUAUGAAUUAUCGACCAAAAUGGAAAAAAAUCAGGCAGCGUGAUAAUCAAAUUUCCGCUUAUAUUACAUUAUCGAAAAAUUUCGCAAAAGGGAGUCCGCAUGAGAAAUGUACGCGAAAAGUUCAGAUGCAAAGGACUGAAGAACUGCUUGCUAACAAAGAAAUAUUAAAGAAAUAUAAAUAAAGAAAAUAGGCCCACACACCUUAUCACCCCGCGGCCCGAAAUUAAGUCCACGUCGACUGCUUCGGACAGGCUUAUUUACUUUUGAGCUUUUCAGUGUUCGCGGAGCAGAUCGAGAGACUUCGAUGCAUCUCUUGACUCUUUCAAAGGACUGUCGAGUCUCCGUUAUGAUAUUCUUGAAAUCGCCUUUCACACGGUCUACAUACUAAACGUGGCAACAGUUCGUUCUGUGACAAGGAACCGCCAUAAGGUUCUUCCACGGAUGCGAGCAGCGCUCGAUUAUUCUUCGCAAACAAAUUCUUUGAGUGUGAGAUAUCACCUACAGAUUUACAAAGCCUACAGCAACUCAAAUUUGCGUGACUAAAAGGUGUAUAAACCUUUUUAGGCGUCUGAGUUCUCGAUAUUUUGACCUCGUGCAGCCAAAUUCAAUGGAAUGAGUUUUGUUACUGUGACACAACCCAGAGAUGUUUUUUUAAGCAUGUAGUCUUCUUGCCGGGGUAAGCUAAGUAUCGUCAAACUUCUGACCUGAUGGCCCCUCCCUCCAUUUUUUUUUUUUUGUAAUCUCCCAGGGUCUCUCGCUCUCGCUCGCUCUCCGUAGAACGGGUAGGAGAGAACCCUGGGAACGAAGUUGACCAAGCAUUUGUUCAUAGAAAGAUAAAAAUAUGGGGCAUCCAAUUUUGCACCUGGCUAAGAACACGCGCGGUUCCGCGCUACCGCGCGCGACGAGAUUAUAAACUCUCUUCGCGAGGAAUCAGAGUGCUGUCUUCCGUUCUUCUCGCAAACUUGGACACAAAAUCACGAUUUCCCAACUUGUUACGACUGUGGCUUGAAGUAUCGAUGUAAAGCGCGACAACCCUCCUAAACGUCCAUCAUUUGACAAUGUCGCCGUAAAAUUUUAUCUUAAUCGUCUCUACAACAGCCGAGAUAUAAGCGUUUUAAAAGAUGUAGCACAAGCAAAAUUUUUCCCAUAUGAAUUUAUUCAUAGAUAGGUGUCCCCCGCGACCUUAAGGAGGUUUACUGAAAGCGGGGUUUGACUGAAAAUUAAAUAAAUUUAGGCCUCUUAAGCUCACUGGAUAAAUUUAACCUGUUUUAUAUUGCUACGCAGAACGAGACUGUAACCUUCCCAAUCAAAUCAAGUUCAGGAUUCGCCGAGGUGAGUUAUGUCAGUAG